AUGUGGUGGAUGCUGUUUCCACGCUGGAUCUGGUUCCUGGUGUGUGUGUCAGUGUGGUGUGUCAAUGUCGGUGUUCUGCCGCAUAUCACCUACUCACACCCGGGGAUCUGCCCCAAUGACAUGAACCCCAACCUGUGGGUGGAUGCCAUGAGCACAUGCACCCGAGAAUGUGAAUCUGAUCAGGAGUGUGAAUCCUUUGAAAAGUGUUGCCAGAAUGUUUGUGGGAACAGGAGUUGUGUGGCAGCCCGUUAUCUGGACGGGAAGAAAGGCCCCAUGGGAAUGCCCAAGGAGGCCACCUGCACCAGCUUCAUGUGCACCCAGCAGGGCUCUGAGUGUGACAUCUGGGACGGCCAGCCGGUGUGCAAGUGCCGGGACCGCUGCGAGAGGGAGCCGCACUUCACCUGCGCGUCUGACGGCAUGACCUACUACAACAAGUGCUACAUGGACGCAGAGGCGUGCUCCAAGGGCAUCAGCCUAGCCGUCGUCACCUGCCGCUUCCACCUCACCUGGCCCAACACCAGCCCCUCGCUGCCACAGGCCACAACUCUGCGCCCCACCACUGCUCCUCUUCAAGCGACCAUCCCCCCUCCCACCGUGCCUCAGACGCCCGUGGUGGUCAACAGCCCAGUUCACCAGACUGUCAGUCUGGGCGACACAGCCAGCUUCCUGUGCGACGUGACAGGCCGCCCCCGACCUGAGAUCAGCUGGGAGAAGCAGCUGCCGGAGGGGCUGGAGAGAGUUACCAUGAGGCCGAAUCAUGUGCGCAGGAACAUGGUGGUCACCAACAUCGGGCAGCUGGUCAUCUACAACACGCAGCCGCAGGAUUCAGGCGUCUACAUCUGCACCGCCCAGAACCCCUCUGGAUCUGUGAAGGUCAGCCAUCCGCUCUCUGUCUUGCCCUUAGAGGCACCCAAGACCCCCCACCCCAGGAACGUGACCCGCUGCCUGCCUGAAGAGUGUCUGAAACCGCCUGAUAACCCUGAGGAUUGUGGGAGCGAGAUGGAGAGAGUCAGCUGGUACUACGAGUCCAAGACCAACAACUGCUUCUCCUUCACCCACUGCCACAGCAGCAGCAGCCCGCAGCCCAGGAAGAUGUUGGACACAUACGAGGAGUGCAUGCAGUGCUGCGGCCCCGAGCUGUCAGGUCCGUGCGGCCUCCCCAGUCUGCAGGGCCCCUGCAAGGCCUACGAGCCCCGCUGGGCAUACAGCAGCACCCUGCUGCAGUGCCAGUCCUUCAUCUACGGCGGCUGUGAAGGCAACAACAACAACUUUGAAUCCAAAGAAGCCUGCGAGGAGAUGUGCCCGUACCCGAAAAACCACCACUGCAAGGCCUGCAAGCCGCGAGGCAAGAUGGUGACGAGCUUUUGCCGCAGUGACUUCGUCAUCCUGGGACGCAUGACAGAACUGACGGAGGAGAAGGACUCGGGCCAUGCCCUUGUGACCGUGGAGGAAAUCCUAAAAGACGACAAGAUGGGUCUCCGAUUCUUUGGCAAGGAGCCUCUGGAAGUGACCUUCCUCAACAUGGACUGGAAUUGCCCUUGCCCGAACAUCACGGGUGCUGCCGCUGAAGGGCAGGUCAUCAUCAUGGGCAACGCCAACGACGGCAUGGCUGUGCUUCAGCCGGAGAGCUACGUGGGCGCUUCAAGCCCGCGACGUGUACGGAAGUUGAGGGAGGUCAUCUCCAAGAACACGUGUGACAUUCUCAAAGCGAUCACCAACAGCCCGCAGUAGGGUCAGGAUUAGGGACAUGAAGGUUAGACUGCGACAUCCUGAUCCCUACGGGACAUUCAUGCAGUAAUGUUGAAAAGGACCAGGGUAAGGCAAGGCAAGUUUAUUUAUACAGCACCUUUCAACACAAGGCAAUUCAAAGUGCUUUACAAAAAUGAAAGACAUAAGGGGCAUUAAGAAACAGUGCAGCAGAAAACACAUUAUAAAAUGGCAUUUAAAAAGAGCAAAGAUAAUAAAAUAAACAUAACAGGUAUAAAAUACAUGAAUAAAGGAACAAUGCAGUGUGAGAUAUCUACUAUAAUUCUACUUCAUCUUCUCAGUUUCCAGAGGUGUUGUCAGAGCUGACGUCUGUCCUCUCCAGAUAAAAUAACCUGUUCUGUUUUACUGCUAGUCUUUUUGCUCCAACCUGAUCCCAUGGUACUUUUAAGUUUCCCUGAAACUAUUCCUCUUUCACUUUAGUUAAGUUUACCUUGUCUUUCUAGGACUUUUUAGGAUUCCUCCGCAAACCAAGGUGAUGAAACCAAAAUGUAUUGCCUGUACCUUUUAAGUUUCCCUGAAACUAUAACAUAAAACAUGAGUAACACAGGUUUACAUAACAUGAAUAAAAGUUAUAAUGCAGAAUAAAAGUUAUAGUGCCAUGUUAGAUAAGAACAGUUCAAUUAAAGGCAGUGGCAAAAAGAAAUGUUUUAGCCUGGAUUUUAAAGCAGUAAGAGUAGCAGCAGACCUGCAGGGUUCUGGGAGUUUGUUCCAGAUAUUUGGAGCAUAAUAACUGAACGCUGCUUCUCCUAGGGUAGCAAGAGUUCCUCAUUUCGGAGACCCUUGUCGCAUGAUUCUGUGAGUCUCAUAUGUGGUCAGUUUGCUGCCGAGCUUUUGUUAUGUCCUUGGUAUUGUUGAUUGAAUUACCAUGUACAGUGUAUAAACACAAGAAACAUCCAUCACGAUCCUCUCGCCUCCUGAAUCCCCCAGACUCAGAUGUCCUCGAUGCCCUCUCCUGCCUCCUGCAGAAAUGGACGUUGCAGACUUGCAUUGAAGCAAAAAACAGACCAGUUGAGUUUGAUCUUAUGUACAUAAUUUAGGUGCCACAACUCUUUUGAUUCUUUCAUUCGCUAACUCUUACUUCACACAUGUACCCAUUAUUUCUUAGUGUUUAAAUGUUGUUAAAUGCAUCCAUAAACCUGUCCAGGGGUUAGCACAUACAGUGCAACAAGGUAGAUUUGGAUCAUCCAAAGUUGUAAUAUAUUUUAUUAACCAUUUUACCGCCUUUCCUGAGUCAUUUAUUUUUUUAUCUUGCUUUUACUUUUUGGCUAUUUAUUAUCAUGUAACCUUUUGUCUUGUUUUUGUAUCACAUUCUCUCUGAAACGGAAAUGUGUAUAAUUUU